AGAGAGCGGAUUUUUUUCCUGACUGACAGCGGCUGGAUGCUGAGCUGCUCAACAGAUGUUUCUUCUGUAGAAAAGUGCAGAUUUUAGAGACUCGAUGUGAGCGCCGAGUUGACGGACGAAAGCCGCUGAGGUGUGAACAGUUGAAUUUGAAUCUCUCACUGUGUUUCAGCCGCAGAUGAGCGCAGAUUUUUUAAUUCAUUAUCAUUUUAAACGGAGUCUGGUGUGACGUUCAGCUCGAGCAGGGAUCUCCUUGGAAACGGUUAUUGACAGCUCCCCCCCUCCCCUCCCACCUCCUCCUCCUCUCUCUUCUUCCUCUCAUCGGGGAUGGUCCGCCGCCUGCUCUCCCACUAACGACCAGUGUGAUACUGGGACAGCUCCAGUGAGCAGAUGUUCUCCAGCAGCAGGAUGACUGGGAGCCAGUCCAGCCUGCUGUACGGACCGCUGGAGGAGCUGCAAGAGCUCGCCUUCAUCGAGAGGCCGAUCCGCCGGAGCCUCAAGACAGCAGAGGAGAUCGAUCAGCUGACUGUGGACGAAGACCUGAAUGACAUCGAGAGAGCUGUGUACCUGCUCAGUGUGGGUCAGGAGGUGCAGAGAGCAAGUGUCAUUAGCAACCUGCCAAGCCUUGUCCGUCAGAAUCCAGCUGAGACAUUUCGGCGGGUCGUACCAAAGGUUCGGGAGGUCUUGAACGGAGCCGGAGCAGAAAUCCAGCUGGCAGCAGCAGCAUCUUUCUUAACCAUCCUGCAGGACGACAUCAUCCUAAUCCACACCCACACGUUCUCCAUCCUGAAGACCGUUCUGCUGCACCUAAACCACAGAGACACAGUGGUGAGCAACGCCUGGUUGGAGACUCUGCUGUCGGCCAUCAACGCUCUGCCCAAAGAGACCAUCAAACAGGAGGUGUUGAACCCUCUUCUCUAUCAGUCUCAGCUGUCUCACUCUCUUCAGGCUCGUCUGGCCAGCUGUCGCAUUUUAGGAAAAGUCGCCUGCAAGUUUGACUCUCAUAUAGUGAAGAAGGAGCUGCUGCCGCUGGCUCGUUCGUUGUGUCAGGACGUGGAGUUUGAGGUUCGCGCCUGUAUGUGUCGUCAGCUGGAGAGCAUCGCUCGAGCGAGCGGGGUGGACGACACCAGGACAGAGCUGCUUCCUGAACUGGUGGAGCUUGCCGGAGAUGAGGAGAGCAGUGUCCGCCUCGCUGCCUUCGACACCAUUAUUAACCUGAUGGAGAUGAUGGACUCAGACGACAGGCUCCAUGUCGUCGUCCCCCUGGUGAUGUCAGUGUGUGAGGUGUCUUCGUCACAGGCGGACGAGGCCGUCGUGGCGUCUUUGUCGUUCCAGUUUGGGAAGCUCUGCAGCGGACUGGCAGGCUCUCUGACGGAUGAGCAGAAGGGUCGGCUGCUGCAGAGGUUUAAGGUGCUGUGUGUCUCCGGACUGCAGGCUGAAGGAAACCAGACUGAUGGAAACGAUUCGACGCUGAUCCGCUGCAACUGCUGCUACAACCUGCCGGUGAUGUCACUUCUGCUCUCUCUCUCUCCAGGCCAUGUGGUGUUCGCAGACUCAGCUCACUUCCUGUCUGAGCUCUACCCAUCUUUCUCCAGUCUUUGCUGUGACCAGGAGGUCAGCGUUCGACGAAGUGCUGCAGCUAGUUUCCACCAGGUGGUGAAGCUGCUUGGUUCAAACGUCCAGCUGGUCCACAAGGAGCUCCUGGCUCUGCUGCAGGACGAUGCUCUGGAGGUGUUGGACGCUCUGAUGAAUCACCUGGAAGAAACUCUGGAGGCGGUUCUUUCCAGGGGAGAGAAUCUGGCGCUGGACAACAAGUUCCCGGAGCUGCUGUCGGCUUUGCUGAUGGCGGAGCAGAAAGUCGGGAGUUCUCUGCGCUGGCGGCUGCAUGAGAAGCUGCUGCAGCGUUACAGCUGUCUGGCCCGACUGCUGCCCGGAGAACUGCUGCACCAGAGCUUCUCCCCGCGUAUCUUCACCAUCCUUACCACCAACAAGGUGUUGCCGGUUCAGAAGGAGGCAGCUCGGACCUUUUGUACAUUUCUGCGUUACAACCGCAAACAGGAGCAGCGACAGGAGAUGAUGGAGCGACUGAUCCAAGAUCUGGCUCAGGGUCGGAGCUACUGGAACCGUCUGAGGUUCCUCGAUGUUUGUGAAAUGGCCACUGAGAUUUUCUCCAGAAAAUACUUUAACAAACAUUUCCUGAUCCCGGCGCUGGACUUGGUCCAUGACCCCGUCGCCAACGUCAGGUACAAGCUGUGCCAGCUGUUGCCCAGAUUACGUUCAUCGCUCCGCCUGCCGGCUGACAAACAACUGCUGCAGCAGCUAGACUUCUGCGUCCAGAAACUCCUCUGCAGAGAGAAAGAUAAGGAUGUGGUGGCCACCACCGCAAGGUAACACACAGUGUUGGAACUGGACAAACUGGACCUGGCAGAGCCCUUUCACAAGAGGCAGGAGAGGGACCUGCUGGACCAGAAGAAGGAGAAGGAGGAGACUCUGCUGCUGGAGAUGGAACAGCUGGAGCGCCAGCAGACUGAAGGGAAACUCAACUCUGAGAAACACCCAGAGAGAAAACGAAGAGACAGUAAGACUAGUCUUUCUGCAACCAAGUCCAUGUCUGUGUCCUCUUCCGGAGCCACCUUGUCCUCGUCCGGUAAGGAGAUGAGGAAGGCUAAACUGUCACGGAGUCGAUCUCUCAGCAGUCAGCCGACAACGUCGAAAGCUGCCAACGCAGAGAGACCAAUGAAAGUGAAAGAGUUGAGUGGUCUGUCUGGACCCGGAAAAUCCUCCAUGUUAUCGAGCAAAGAUGACUCAAUGAGGACUGCGCACUUCUCUAUGGCAACCCAGUCCACCUCCUCCAUGCCGGUCCUGAUCCGCAGCAACACUACCAGCCUUCUGGAGAGGGCCAAUACUCUCGACCACAGAAGUAGUACUCUGGACCACAGGACAAGCACCCUGGAUCAGAGAGAUCAUAGGACCAGUACACUGGAUCACAGGAACAAUAUGAUGGAGCAGAGAACUGGAACAAUGGACCAUAGAACGAGUACCUUGGACCAUAGAACCACAACCAUUGACCAGAGAGACCACAGAACCAGUAUUAUGGACCAUAGAGACCAUAGGACGAGUACCUUGGACCACAGAGACCACAGGACCAGUACCAUGGAUCAGAGAGACCAUAGGACCAGUACCCUGGAUCAGAGGGACCAUAGGACCAGUACCCUGGAUCAAAGAGACCAUAGGACCAGUACCCUGGAUCAGCGCAGUAAAACGAUGGACCGGGGGUGCGGGGUGAAGGAAAGCCAGUCCAGAAAGCUAUCUAUAAACAGGAAGUCGAACUCUUUCAGCGUCCAAUCGGCACGAGACUGAAGAUGAUGUCAUCAUACCUCCACCAGGCUGUCAGCCAAUCGGCAGUCAGGGUUCACAGGUCUUCAGAACAUCACCCAGAAUGCACCAGGACAGUCUGACUGAGCACUGUGUAGUUACGAUCUCAUCCUGUCACCUGAUUGGUUCAGUA